AUGCCUUCAGAUUUUGAAUGUUCAUCAAGAAAUAUAGUCACACAUCGAAAUAGAUAUAAGGCUAAAGAAUGGGCUAAUUGGAUAACUUUGCAUUCUUUGCUCUUAUUAAAAAAUCAUUUACUAGUACAAUUUCUUCUUGGAUGGUCCAAAUAUGUUCAAGCAGUUAAACUAUGUCAAAAACAUAUAAUUUCUGAUAUUGAUAUAUUAGAAAUUUAUCAAUUAUUUCUGGACUUUUAUAAGUAUUAUAAAAG